GUUUCAUAGGAACAGGAAGAAUGGAUUGUCUUGUUCUUGCCUUUUCGAGAUACUUAUAGGAGUCCCUCAUUCCAAAUUUCAUCAUGCAUUCCCAAUACCCUUUGGCUUAAUCGCGCUCCUGUUCUAUCUUUCUCAGCUCUUUUUUUUUCUUUUUCUUUUUUCUCUCUUUUACCCAUAUCCCUGUUCUCAUCCCAUCAUGCUCCUCCCCAUCCUCUCAGCGACAACUGUCGCCCUCUCAACACGCGCUCUCGCAGCCACAAAUACAACCACCGCCCAAUCCCGAGCCCUGGCAGCCGCAAAUACCCUCCAAACAUGGUACAAUAGCGCAACUGGAAUCUGGAAUACAUGCGGGUGGUGGAAUGGCGCAAACUGCAUGACGACGCUCGCGAACCUCGCAGCCCUCGACAUUGACGACACAUUCAACGACGUCGCACGCGGCGUCUUUGCGAACACAUUUGCCGUCGCGGCGACGGUCUCGAAUCCGAUUCCUGGACGGGGAAAUGAUGCCGCGAGUUAUCUUUCGAGCAAUGGGACGGGGUAUUACCCGGCGACUGAGGGUGUCCCGACUGGGGCGGCGAAUACCGCGCUUUGGCUCGAUGGGUCGUAUGAUGAUGAUCUGUGGUGGGGACUCGCGUGGGUUGCUGCGUAUGAUGUGACCAGUAAUACAGAUUAUCUCGAUCUUGCGGAGGGGAUCUUUUAUCAUCUUAGCAACGCCUGGCCCUCGAAAUGUGGCAACGGCGGAAUCGACUCGAACUACGAGCACGUUUACGUCGGCGCGAUCGCAAACGAGCUGUUCCUCAGCCUCGCCGCUCAUCUCGCGAACCGCGCGGAGGAUAGCGCGUUCUACCGCGACUGGGCGCAGCGGCAGUGGGCGUGGUUCCAGGACAGCGGGCUGAUCAACGAGAACAACACGAUAAACGACGGAUUGACAAACGACUGCACGAACAACGGACAGACGAUCUGGUCCUACAACCAGGGUGUGAUCCUCGGCGGCCUGGUUGAGUUGCACCGGGCCACCGGGGACGAUUCUGAUUCCGAUUCCAAUUCAUCCUCGAACUCGACAUAUCUCGACGCCGCCGGGGAGAUCGCUCAAGGCGCAAUUGCCGAGCUCGUGGACGAAAACCACGUCCUUCACGACGCCUGCGAGCCAGCUGGCUGCGCGCCCGACGCGACCCAGUUCAAGGGGAUCUUCAUGCGGAAUCUACGGGCUCUACAUGCGGUGGCGCCUGAUGACAUAUAUGCAGAGGUCAUCGAGGCUUCUGCAGAGAGUAUCUGGGCGAAUGAUCGGACGGACGUGAAUGCGUUGGGGGUUGUUUGGGCUGGGCCGGUGGAUGCCGCAGUGGUGGAUGCGUCGACGCAUAGUUCGGCGUUGGAUGCGCUCGUUGCUGCUAUUGAGAAAUAG